GCUGCAGCGGCGGCAGAGGCGUCCAGGAGGAGGGCGAGGAAGGGAGCGGAGUCCCAGCCGCCAUGGACGACCAGGGCUGCCCCCGCUGCAAGACCACCAAGUACAGGAACCCCUCCCUCAAGCUCAUGGUCAACGUCUGCGGCCACACGCUCUGUGAAAGCUGCGUGGAGCUGCUGUUUGUCCGAGGGGCUGGGAACUGCCAAGAGUGCGACACCCCUUUGCGGAAGAGCAACUUCAGAGUGCAGCUCUUUGAGGACCCAGCUGUUGACAAGGAGGUGGAAAUCCGGAAGAAGGUGUUGAAAAUAUACAACAAAAGAGAGGAUGACUUCCGCAGUCUAACGGAGUAUAAUGAUUUCCUAGAAGAAGUUGAAGAAAUUGUGUUCAACCUGACCAACAACAUUGAUGUAGAAAAUACAAGAAAGAAGAUGGAGAUGUAUCAGAAGGAAAACAAGGAAGUCAUUCAGAAAAAUAAGAUCAAACUGUCCCGAGAGCAAGAGGAGCUGGAAGAGGCUCUGGAGGUUGAGCGGCAGGAAGGCGAGAUCAGACGGCUUCUUAUACAAAAAGAGGAGCAAAUGCAGCAGAUGCUGAAGAGGAAGAACAAGCAGGACCUUCUCGAUAAGCUGGAAAGUUCUCAUCUGCCUGCUUCUUUGCUGUUGGCCCAGCACAAAGACAGGUCUACCCAACUUGAAAUGCAACUGGAGAUUCCCAAACCAGUCAAGCCGGUUGCAUUUUCGACUGGCAUCAAAAUGGGUCAGCAUAUUUCGUUGGGACCUGUUCCAAAGAUCGAGGAAGUGCUCUAUGAAUAUCAGCCGUUGCAUGUGGAGACCCACGGGCCGCCAGUUCCAGAUAUUGAAGUGUUGGGGAAAUUUGGGUAUCUAAACCACGUCCGAGCCGCCUCCCCACAAGAUCUCGCUGGUGGCUAUACUUCCUCCCUUGCCUGUCAUCGAGCCCUUCAAGAUGCCUUCAGCGGGCUAUUUUGGCAUCCUGGCUAGGUUGGGAGUAACAGACACUGGAGCGGAGCGAGCAAAGCAAAAAAACCUCAGGUGAAAAUUGCUGCCGUCUGCACUCUGGCCAUGCUGCCGUCUGUCUGUCCUUCCUUCCUUUUUUUUUUUUUUGGUGUGAAGCCAGCUGCACUUAAAUAUUAAAAACAUGUACAGAAACUUUCUUUUUAAAAUGGUGGUCAUGUUUCUUCUUCUCUGGUGGAAUGAGGGUAAGGGUGGGAAAGGCUCUAGUCACUUUGCAGCUAGAGGAUAGUGGAAGAGAUAAUGAUUUUGUUUUGUACGUUUGAGGUUUCAGAACCAGACUUGUAAAAGAUUUUUAAAAUAAAGUCAGAUUGUUGUUAUUAAAUUCUGCAGAUUCU